AUGCUUGUGAGGACUGGAACAACAGAAGAUGAGAAACAUUCCAUUCAACAACGGAUCACCUUUUUACUGAUGACACACCAACCAGCCAAAUGUGUGGCGAAGAAUGAGGUGAAAGCUAUUAAAGAACUGAGAACGGACAACCGUAUUAUCAUACCGCCCGCGGAUGACGAAAGGUCAACGGUCUUCAUGAAUCGCGAAGACUACGACAAGAAAGCCAAAGCCCUGAUUGAUGACAGAGAAUCCUACAGACAGGCGCAAAACUCAGAAGCAAAAGCUGUAUCAAAUCAGUUGAAAAAAUUAGUUGCAGAAUUCAAACGCUAG